AUGCGAGUCUUUCAGGAGAAAGACCAGACUCCGAGGAACCAGAGCCAGAGAUGCCCAAACCAGUGUGGAAAGAGUUUUAAACACUUACGUAACCUGAAAACACAUGAGAGAAUACACACACAGGAGAAGCCUUACCACUGCUCCCAGUGUGGAACGGGUUGUAACCGGUUAAGGGACCUGAAACAACAUGAGAGAAUACACACAGGGGAGAAGCCUUACCACUGCUCCCAGCGUGGAAAGCGUUUUACCCAGUUAUGUAACCUGAAAACACAUGAGCGUAUACACACAGGGGAGAAGUGUUACCACUGCUCUCAGUGUGGAAAGAGUUAUACAACAUUUGGGAGCCUGAAAAUACAUGAGAGAAUACAUACAGGAGAAAAGCUGUUUCACUGCUCCCAGUGUGGUAAGAGUUUUAACCAGAAAGGAUACCUGAAACAACACGCGAGAAUACACACAGGGGAGAAGCCUUACCACUGCUCCCAGUGUGGAAAGAGUUUUAACCAAAAAGCCCACCUGAACCAACAUGAGAGAAUACACACAGGAGAGAAGCCUUACCACUGCUCCCAGUUUGGAACGGGUUUUAGCCAGUUAAAGGACCAUGAGAGAAUACACACAGGGGAGAAGCCUCACCACUGCUCUCAGUGUGGAAAGAGUUUUACAAUGAUGGGGAGCUUGAAAAUACAUGAGAGGAUGCAUACAGGAGAAAAGCCGUACCACUGCUCCCAGUGUGGAAAGAGUUUUACAGCGUUAGGGAGCCUGAAAAUACAUGCGAGAAUGCAUACAGGAGAAAAGCCGUACCACUGCUCCCACUGUGGAAAGAGUUUUACCCACUUAAGUAACCUGAAAACACACGAGAGAAUACACACAGGGGAGAAGCCUUACCACUGCUCCCAGUGUAGAAAGCGUUUUACCCACUUGUGUAACCUGAAAACCCAUGAGCGAAUACACACAGGGGAGAAGCCUUACCACUGCUCCCAGUGUGAAAAGAGCGUGUGCAAAGCUGUCAUCAAGGCAAAUGGUGGGUCUGUGUCAUAA